GAUUGAUUUUAAGUCGUUACAUCUGUGCCAUCCUUAUCUUCAAUUUACGAAAAUAAGAUAUUUAAUAAACAAUGUCGGGGUCCGCUGUUGAAGAGGAGGCGUCUGAGGCCUCCAGCGAACACGAUUUCAUCGAGCUGAAAAAGCAGCAGGACUUGGAUUCUUGUGAUGAACAGCAACUUCGUCAGUACAUAGAAAAGCUACACGGCAUCAUACGCAAAUAUGACAUCAAAUUGGCGGCUUAUAAACAAAAACUGCGACACUUUCUGAGUCAGGAGACGAAGAAUGUCCGCGACCAGGCCAGUGAUACCGCUGAAUCGGAAAACCCGGACCACUGCUCUACAGAGAAGUCUAAAGAUGACAAGGAUGAUUUGAAGGAAAAGAACGAAGAGUUAUCGGCAACAGAUGCGUUCAGCUUUGUGGAUGAGAUGCGCCAGGCGGCGAAGCAUGCCGAGAAUCUAAACAACUUCGUCUAUGAGCCCACCUCGGGCAUGUACUACGAUCCCAAGACGGGGUACUACUAUAACGCGGAAUACGGCCUUUACUACGAUGGAAAUACGGGAUGUUACUACAGCUAUGACCAUGCCAAGGACUCGUUUGAGUUCCAUUCGCAGGCCCAGGUGCAGGCUAACGAGGCGGCGGCCAUGGCGGAGAACGAGGAGGACUUCGAGGUGCAGUUCGACGAGCAAGGCGGCGUCAUUACCGACCAGGACACCCUGCAGAAGAUCAAGUCCGAGAAGCAGAAGGCCAAGGAUCGGGCUGAGAAAUCCAAGCGAAAGGCGAAACGGAAAAAGAAGAGCAAAAAACACGGCAAGAAAAAGAGCAAAAAGGAGAAGAGGCACAAAUCCAAAUCACGUCACAAGGAUGUCGAUGACGACAGGACCAGCCAGGGCGAGAAAAAGGAUGAUGCUGAAGAAGGAGAGCUGUCGCAGUCCUCUGACUCAAGCUCCGAUUCCGAAUCGGAUAGUAGCAGCAGCAAUAGCGACACCGAAGACAGCAGUGUGCCUAUCUUCAAGUCCGCUGGACGCUUCCAAGACAUCGCCAAAAAGUAUCCACCCAUGCUGCGCAUUGUUGUUCAGGAGACCAGUUUGGAGGGCCUUAAAGUGGGGAGUCUGCACUUGAUUACCUACAAGGGUGGCACCUUAGGCCGUGAGGGCUCCCAUGAUGUUAUAAUUCCGGAUGUGAACGUUAGCAAGUGCCAUCUGAAGUUCCACUACGAGACAAAACUGUGCAUCUACAAGAUCCACGACGUGGGCUCUCGCAACGGUACCAUUCUCAACGGAUCAAAAAUGUCCAGUUCUCCGAUGGAUUUGGUGCACGGGAGUGUGAUAAGCAUUGGCCAGACCAAGUUGUUGUGUCACGUCCACGAGGGCAACAGCACCUGUGGUCAGUGUGAGCCGGGCUUGCUGAUUGAAACUAAUGCUCCGGCAACGGCAACUGCUAUUGCUUCAACUGGAACUGCUCUUUCGCACAAGGAACAGCUGAAGAAACUGCAGCGCAAGUAUGGAUUGGAAAAUGAAAAAUUUGUGGAUGGUGGGGGCAAUGGUCAGUCCAACUCGAAUUAUAACGAUAGAGCUGCCACAAGAAGGGUGAAUGUUGGCAGUAGCACCGACAAGGAGAAGACUGAAGUGGCUUGUGUCAAUACUGAAAUUGGCAACUCCAAUAAGGGCUUUAAGAUGCUAAGCAAAAUGGGCUGGCAAAAGGGUAAUACCUUGGGCAAGACUAAUGCAAGUGCAGGACUCUUGGAACCGAUCAACGUGGUUGCCAACGAGGGAACCAGUGGCUUGGGAAAUACCGAUCCCGUCCAUUCCAGACCUAUGGACAAACGCAAGUUGGCCAACCUCAAGAUCACCCAGGAACGGUACCAGCGCGCCAAUGAUAUUUUCGAUCAGUCCGACGAUAGCAAUUAAGGUAUCGACUUCCUAUUCAAAUGAUUAAAAGACAAACUUUGAAAUUAAGUUGGAAACACAUUUAAUUAACAAUUACUCAAACAUAUUCAUAAGUGUGUGUGUGUUUAUAAUUGUAAGUGUAUAUAUACAUUAAGACUCUAUGUAUAUAAUAUAUAUAUUAAUUAAAAAUCUUGCUAUAAGGUUAAGCUAUCAGUCAAUUAAUUAAUUUAGCUUCGCUUAUGAACGUCAGAAUACAGAGUAGAGAUUAUGUUAAAUAAAUAUGACGUCGCGUAUAGGUGUGUCUAAACU